AUGCUCCUCACAAACCCGUGUCGGCAGAUUGGCCGUAUAGGAGUACAAUCACUACGAAGGUCCUCCUCAAGCGCCGCCACCGAUGGAUUAAUCUAUCCCGAAUCAAUAAGUUCACAACACCAUGAUCUCCCUAGCUUUGUGGAAUAUGCGUCACGCAUCCAGAUGGAUCCUAAAAGCACCGUAUACGUAGGAACUCAUUACGAGUAUACUGCGCGGUCCUCGCUCGAACGCUUAGGGAUGUCCCUCAAACGCAUAGGUGGCCGUUCGGACUACGGAAUUGAUCUCCUCGGAACCUGGUCUCUACCGUCUGUACCUCGGCCUUUGAAGGUCCUUGUCCAAUGUAAGGCUCUUGGCGGCAAAGGAGGCUCGGGUGGGCCAUCUCAGAUUCGGGAGCUUGAAGGAGCAUUUGUCGGGGCGCCUCAAGGCUGGAGGGAUCCUGGCGUUUUGGGUCUUCUUGUGUCAACAAAAUCAGCAACGAAAGCAGUCAGAGAGGCCCUUGGCAGGAGUCGAUGGCCGAUGGGAUGUGUAUUGUGCAGGGCUGAUGGUAAAAUCAUGCAAUUUCUGUGGAACCGGAGGGCGGCACAAGAGGGAUUAGAAGGAAUAUCGGUUGAGUUGAAGUACUCUGGCCGUGGUGACCUAAGUGAGAGGGAGGUGAUUCUAACGUGGAGGGGAGAGGUCAUCAGUGAACCUAUCUCACUCUAG